CAUGUUGCCUUAUGUAGUUCGUUGAACAGAGUGCACUGGUGAUGGUUUCUGUCUAAAGAAGGAAACCGGCUAGACAGGGGCAGGCUGGAAUUCUCUCUAAACUUAUUAUUCUACGAGCGACAUUAACUUAGUGUAUAAAGUGGACGUGCAGCCCUGGUGUGUCAUAAUGGGGAGUGAUGCAUUAUGGGAGUGAGUUUUGCCUGCAGGUAGAAACCCCGAACUGGGCUUAGAGUCAUUGGGGAGAAGACCGGGCCGCAACAAACAGUAAUUUGACAUUCUGCAGGUGAUGCUGAGAAACCGCCGUUCUUGCAGCCCCAAUAAGGGGGCCUACGUUAGCCGCAGCCCAACCAGACAGCCCCGUGUAAAGGGGGGCAGUUAUGACUGUGAGCUGAUUCAGGUCAUGAGGGAAAGGGAUGAGAUGCAUGGCAUGCUGGGGAAAUAUGAACGGCACCUGUCAGAGAUCCAGGGUAAUGUGAAGGUCCUCACCGCUGACCGCGAUAAGACCUCCAUGUUAUACCAGCAGGCCCAGGAGGAGAUAGCUCAGCUCCACCAGGAGCUCCUGAGGUCAAAGCGGACCAGUUCUCCAAGGAGCAGUGUGAUGGCCCAGAAUAUUCUGAGACGCGUGGAAGCUGAACGGGAUGAAGCAGCGGCUGACCUUCGGCGCAUGACUAUGGAGAGAGACAGCUUGAGGGAGAGGCUGAAGAUCUCACACGAGACCUCCAUCAGCGAGCGUGCACACCUGGAGCAGAGGGUGGAGGAUCAGCGUCACACUAUCGCCAAGCUGGAGCAGGAGAGAGCAGAGGAGAGGGACAGGCAGGCCACGCUGAGGGAGGCCAUGAUGAACCUGGAAGAGGAGAUUCACACCAUGGGGCUCAAGAUGGCCGCCACAGAGGAGGAGCUGAGCAGAACCAAGGCAGAGUGCAGCAUGCUGAGGUUAUCCAGUAGCCAGAUGGAAGCGGCUCUGACUGACGCCCAGAACAAGCUUUCGACCCAGAUAGCGGAGCUGCACAGGAGACAGGGGAGGAGCAGCCAGCUGGAGGAGCAGAAUGAAUCCAUGCUACGUCAGCUCAGUGAUCUCAGACAGCAGCUCACCGCUCAGAAAACCUCUGUAGAUGUACUGAACCAGAGCAGACAUGCUCUACAGGAGCAGCUGGAGUUGAAGAGCGGGCUGCUCUCCUCAGCCAAUCAGGAACUAGAGCUGAAGAGCAGGCUGCUCUCCUCAGCCAAUCAGCAGCUAGAGGUGAAAAACGAGAUUCUCUCUUCGCUCAGUCGGGAGGUGGAGUUGAAGAGCGAGAUGAUCUCCUCUGCCAAUCAGCAGCUGGAGAUGAAAAGUGAACUGCAUUCUUUGGCCAAUCAACAGCUGGAUGACAAGGAGAAGAGUUUGAGAUGUCUGGAGCUCUCAGUUGAGGAGCUAAAAGACUCAGUAAGGAAGCUUCAGGAGAUGCUGGACCAGCAGGAGCAGGACCUGGAGGGAGCGCAGAAGGCAAAGGAAGCGACUCUGAGGGAGAAUAAACAGCUUCAAGAUAACUUGGACAAGGCUCGCAUCAACUCUCAAACUCUGCAGUUCAAGGUGGAAGAUUCCAACCAGGAGGUGAUGGAACUCAAGAGGAAGAUCCAGAGCUAUGUGGCUGAUGCUUCCCGAGUGCAGCGCCUCCUGGUGGCCAAGGAGAAGGAAUGCCAGGAGCUGCAGGAGGACCGACGCUGUGCUGAGGAGGAGGUGCAGCAGGCGGAGACGGCCGCUGAGGAGGUGCGUGUGGAGCUGCUGGGCUCAGAGACUGAGAAGCGGAGACUCCAGGGCCGGGCGGAGGACCUGGAGGCCAAGCUGCAGGAGGCGCAGCGCCAUUUGCACUCCUGCCGCUCGGAGGUGGAGCUGCUGCGCAGACAGCUGUCCAGCGAGCGUCUGUCCCUGCGCAGCCUAGAGACCACAUUGCUGUCCAGUUGCAGGAUGGAGAUGGAGCAGCAGCUCAGCUCCCCGGACAGGAACGAGGAGAUCGAGCAGCUGAGGGACCAGCUCGCUGCUGCGGAGAGCAGGGCGAGCAGCCAGAACCGGGAGGUGAUCCAUCUGAAAACCCGGUCAGCUCACCUGGAGGCUGACCUUAAGAUGACCAAGAAGCAACUCGAGACGGAACGCUUGGAAAGGGAGCAGGCUGUCCAGGAGCUGCGUCAUCAGGGCCUGCCGCCUUCCCCCCCGCUGGCUGGUGACUCCCAUAACCAGCGAGCUUCCCAGUCCCUUGAGCGGGACUACCACAGUGCCCCUGGCCACCUAGGGUAUGAGCGGUCCCCAGUCAGGGGUGUGACGUUCCAGGACCUGCACUAUUAAACCGGGAUGUCAUCAACAGCCGCCCCUCGGGCUCCGCGCAGAAAAGAUGGAUGGCUCUUCUGUUGAAUUUAUUUCCCAGGAAAUUCGGAGUUUUAGUAUUUUUACUAGAUAUGUAGGACGUGACUGCAAAUAAAGCACGAUUUUAUGAAAUAAUGAUUGUCAUCCACGUUGUUUGAACUGAAUGAUAUUUCUUUAUCGUAUUUUUGUAGUAGAAAAACCUUCCUUGCGUUAUAACAAUGACGCUAAACAUGAUAAACCUUCAAAUUAUU